UUUCCUCGCUCCACUCCUCCCCUCCCCUCCCUCGCCGGUCGUCUCGGCGGAUAGAAAGAAGCAGCCCGAGCGAGCAGCUCCGCUCAGCUGUAUGCGAGGAGCGCCGAUGGAGCUCCAGCCGUGCUGAACACUCACAAGAAUCACUCAGCAGUUAUAACAGUUACUAGUCAUAAUAAUAAUCGUGGAUGUUGGAGCCCUUUGGGAACCUGGAAGCUUCUUCUUCAGAAUGAUGACACUGAGCUGAGCUGCCGGUCUCUCAGAGUACAGCUGCUUGUAUUUGGAGACUUGACUUCUGGCACUUUAGCUCCUUUCCCUACUGAGCAGCGGGUGCCGCUGAGCCCCUCCACCGGCACAAAGCACUCUCAGGCGGACACACCUUGAGCUUCCCCUCACUGAAAGACCAGCAUUCACCACUAGACUCAAAGUCCAGUGAAGGAGGCAGUAACAUCUGGGAUGCUCUGGGUCGUCGAGGACUUCCAAGCAUAUUAUCAAGAUUUAUUCACAUUGCUUAUAAAGAGAAAAACAUCAUCAAACAAAGGGCUUGAUGCUUAGCAAUACUGGAGGGAAGAUUUCAAGUGGAAGCCAUCAACUUGACCUUGACCAGGCCAACAGCAUGCAGCAGAAAAUUGUGCUAUUUAACCCCAACAUCUAGCGGCUGUGAUGAGAACAACAGGUUAUUACUCCAUCAAGAAGGUGAUGCAAACGGGAAGGGCGUUGGAGGGACAUUAAAACGAGGCAAUUCCACAAUGUUUGCUUCUGAGACAAAGAGCACAAAUAAACCCAAGAUGGUGAAAUCCCCACAAGGCCACCGACUUCCAAUCUAAAUGAAUGAGACUCCAUCCAUGACGAGGAGACGGCUGAACGGGCUCCCUCUGGUCCUGAACACAAGAUCGCUUCAGCUGAAUUGAAACCGUAGCGGCGUUGCCUUCUCUUUGUUUAUCAUUCACCGACAUGACUCGCAGGGAGGCACCAAUGGCUGGCAGGUGUGGCAUGGCGAGCACUGCCCUGCUUUGGACUGCAGCCAUUGUUUAUUUGACCCACGUAGGUCAAGUCAGAGGAGACUGCUGGUUAAUUGAGGGUGAAAAGGGCUUUGUGUGGCUGGCGAUCUGCAGCCAAAAUCAACCACCUUAUGAGGCUAUCCCGCAGCACAUCAACAGCACCAUUGUGGACCUUCGUAUGAAUGAAAACAAGAUUAAAAGUAUUCAGUACUCUGCCCUGAGUCGCUUUGCCAACCUGACCUACCUGAACCUGACCAAGAAUGAAAUCUCUUACAUAGAAGACGGGGCCUUUUCCGCUCAAUUCAACUUACAAGUUCUUCAAAUGGGCUUCAACAAGUUACGCAACUUAACAGAAGGGAUCCUCAGGGGUCUUGGGAAGCUGCAGUACCUCUACCUCCAGGCAAACCUGAUUGAGACUGUGACACCCAAUGCCUUUUGGGAAUGCCCCAACAUCGAAAACAUUGACUUGUCUAUGAACCGAAUCCAACAGUUGGAUGGCUCCACGUUCACCAGUUUAACUAAGCUGACAACCUGUGAGCUCUACACAAAUCCUUUCAACUGCUCCUGUGAACUGCUUGGUUUUGUCAAGUGGCUCUCGAUUUUCCCCAACAGGACAAAUGAGCGGAUGGUCUGUGACUCACCAAGUGGCGUGUCUGGGUACAGUCUCCUAAGUCAGAACCCAAACAAUCCCACGUACCGAAAUGCUCUUCACAUGCUCACCACCGUGUGCACUGAUGACUACAUAACACCAUUUUUUCCAUUGCCAAGGGAACCCACGACUCCUCCACCAGACUUCACCCUUUGCGGGUUAGAGGAUUGUCCAUCAGGGACAGAGCCAGAGGACAUCAUUGCCUACAACAUCAGUACAACCAUCAACGAGGUAGAAGCAAAACCACUGAUGAAACUGAAGCACGUCUCCAAUACAGGCGCCACUAUCACAGUUCAGAUUCCUUAUCCUUUCAAAAAGAUGUACAUUCUGGUUCUGUACAACAACAGUUUUUUUACGGAUAUCCAAACCCUUAAGGAAAUCAAUGAGGACAUCGAUCUGAAGCAGCUCAAACCUCACACGAACUACACGUACUGUGUUUCUUCUAUUCGAAACUCGCUGAGACGAAACCACACUUGUCUGACAAUCACCACCGGACCCUGGAAGGGAAAGUUGAAGGACACAAACAACACAACUGCCACUCAUUACAUCAUGACCAUUUUGGGCUGUCUCUUCAGUAUGGUCAUCUUUCUAGGUGUGGUUUAUUACUGCUUGCGACGCAAGCGCCAGCAAGACGAAAAGCACAAAAAGGCAGGGAGCCUAAAGAAAAACAUUAUGGAGUUGAAAUACGGACAGGAACUGGAGGGUGGGACUAUUUCUCGCAUGUCACAGAAACAGUUGCUGACCGGGGAGAGCAUGGCACGCAUGCCUUACCUGCCGCCAGCUAGUGAAAUGGAUCAGUACAAAUUUCAAGAAAUAAGCAACACUCCAAAAAUGAUGAAGGGUAGUUACAUGGAGGUGCGAAGUCUGGACCACCACGAACGCAGGGAGUGUGACAUGGGAAUGGCAGGGAACAGCCAGGGUUCUGUGGCCGAGAUUUCCACCAUUGCAAAAGAGGUUGAUAAAGUCAACCAGAUCAUUAACAAUUGCAUUGAUGCUCUAAAGACAGACUCCACAUCUUAUCAAGGGGUAAGAUCUGGAGCUGUGUCUAACGCAGAGCCCCAGUUGGUGCUCAUAUCUGAGCAGCCGCAGAAUAAACCAGGACUCCUGUCCCCUCCUUACAAGGACAGCUACCACCAUUCUCUUCAGAGACAUCGAUCCUCAGACGCCUCUCCAAAAAGGCCAAGCACUGCCUCAGGAAUGCGAAGCCCUCGACCUUACCGUACCGAAUCCCGGUACAUUGAGAAAACCUCCCCGACAGGAGACACUAUCCUUACGGUGACACCCGCCGCUGCCAUCCUGAGGGCCGAAGCUGAGAAGAUCCGUCAGUAUGGCGACCACCGUCACUCCUAUCCCGACACUCAGAUCGAGGAGCUGGAUGGACCCGAUGGUAUGAAGUCGCCCAUGCUGGAGCCUCUCUCACACUCCCGUUCCAGAGACUUGGCUUACUCCCAGCUGCCAGCUCAGUACCACAACCUGAGCUACUCUUCCAGUCCAGAGUAUUACUGCAAACCUUCACACAGCAUCUGGGAGCGAUUCAAACUCCACCGAAAACGGCACAAAGAUGAUGAAUACAUGGCGGCAGGUCACGCGCUCCGCAAGAAGGUGCAGUUUGCAAAGGAUGAGGACCUGCACGACAUUUUGGACUACUGGAAAGGCGUGUCAGCCCAGCAUAAAUCGUAACGUCCUCAGUUUUUUUCUUUUUAAUACGAACCACACCUUACAGUGACACAAGAACCUCAUCCGACUUUCGAUCAAUGGAUUCUUUCAUGCUCAAAAUCACAUACAGUAGGGCAAGUAAGUAAUUAGUCAACCACUAAUUUUGCAAGUUC